AAUUCGCGCGCUGGAACGGGGCGCGAGACGUGCGCAACCCCGCGCGAGGCUGCCCCGACCUCACCGAGGCGUUGUCCGGCUUCCUGCCCCUGGACUCCUUCUACCCCGGAGCCACCGCCUUCGCCGCGGCGGCCAAGAAGGCGGCGGCCGGCAGGGCGACGGCGCGGGACGACGACGUCGACGAUGACAAGGAGGAUUGCCUCACGCUCGACAUCUACACCCAUAAUCUUAAUCCGGAAAAGCUGGCGCCCGUGUUCUUCUACAUCCACGGCGGCGCGUUCGUGUUGGGCUCGUCGCAAAUGGCGAACGGCGACUUCCUGCUGGAGCACGGCGACAUGGUGCUGGUGUCGGUGCAGUACCGGCUGGGGCCGAUGGGCUUCCUGCAGGCGAGCGAGGCGGACGCGCCGGGCAACGCGGCGCUGCACGACCUGCACUGGGCGCUCAAGUGGGUGAGCCAGCACAUCCACCUCUUCGGGGGAGACCCUAAGCACAUCGUGGCGGGCGGCGUGAGCGCCGGCGCCGCGCUCUCAGGCCUGCUCACAGUCAGCCCCGUCACGCGCGGCUUGUUGGCGGGCACGGCGCUGUUCAGCGGCGGCGCUCUGGUGCCGUGGACGGUGGACGCCGACCCCUGGCGCAGCACGCGCGGCGUCGGGGUGUUCGCCGGCUGCCUGCGCCCGGACAACCUGGCCGAGUGCCUGCGCACGCGCAGCACCUCUGCGCUGCAACGCGCCUGGGGCAUCUGGACGGUGUACGAGACAUAUUUCAUGAACCAUGGGAUGGGCGGCGUCAUCCCGUCUCUAGAUCCAACCAGUUCCUCGCCUCUUCUUCCUCGGGCGCCACUGGAAGAAAUGAUGGACGAAAACUUCGAGGGCAAACCACUUCUCGUUGGAGUCACCAAGCACGAAGGCACCUUCCUCAUGACACGUUUGGUCGACUUCACUGGAGCCGGCUUCUUCAAGGGCCCUGCACAACGCACCGCGCAGCUCAACGCACAGCGAGGAGGGGACUCCUACCUCUUCUCGUUUGAAUACGCCGCUGAGAACAGUGUGCCGAGCAGCUUAAUGGGCGGCGACGCUGAUACAGUCCACCACGGCAGUGACCAAUAUUUCCUUUUUGAUUCAGGCUCUGACUUCACAGAACGGGAUAAUGAAAUCGUCAAUAUUUACUGUGAUCUCGUCGCUUCUUUCGUUAUAAAUCUGAAACCGCAAGUGGAAGGCGUCAACUGGCGGCCGCACACGACCUUCGAUGAUUACUACCUGGCGGUGCGUCUGCCCCCGGUGCAGAGGGAGCGCUUCUCCGACAUGUUCUACAUCAUGGAACAGGAGCGCCGAGGUCUGAAGCCGCUCUCAAGGCGAAAGGUAGCACCAGGGCCUUUCAACUCCCAUACAACGAGGAGCAUCUCUAAUAUCGGAGAAAACGAGUGGGAUGAAAAUUCAUCUGAAGAGACGGACACGCAACCAACACCAACAGAAGGGUCAAGCUCAACUAAUCCUUCAACACUAACCACAACCGAAAAUGCAUCUGAAGAGCCUGAUGCGCAACCAACACCAACAGAGGGGCCAAGUACAACUAAUCCUUCUACACUAACCUCAACCGAAGCUGGCUCAACGAUUAGUGUCUCGCUUCCACUGUUGAUAUUCUUGGCUUCGCUGCUGCUGGCUUCGUAACAAUCGAAUCAAAGAAACCCACAAUUUAUGAAGAACGUGCGCAGACAACAACGGUAAACUGUUUCAUUCCGACUUCGCGAAGAAGAGCGGAGGUACUUUGGAAUAGGUCAUUAAUAUUCAAAGAAUCUAUUAUGUAAUGUAUUAUAAAUCAAUAACAGUCGAAUUAAAAUGAAAUAUAAGUUUUUUG